AUGUCCUAUCCGAUCACCACCGGUGCCUGGGAGCACCUGGACCCUGCAUCAACCCUCCUCGGUCGUGUUUUUGAUCGGGACCCCGUCCUCCGAUAUAUGCUGUGCAAUCUGUCCGAUGUGGAUUACCAAGUAUAUUUGCACCAAUACUGGCGCGGUCUCUGCCGAACGGCGCUCCUCAACGGCGGCACCAUCUCCGAGGCCGAUGGAUGGAAAUCGGUUGCGGUCAUAUUACCUCCGGGUCGAUCGAUAGAUAGUCCCUGGAUGAUGGUGCCCGCUGCUUUGGCGUUUCUCAAUGUAAUCUGGCGUGUUGGUGUGCCGGGGUGUGUUCGCAUGCUACGUGAUUACAGCAAACCGGUAAACGCAGCAAAAAAACGAGUUCUUGGGGGCCUAGCGCACUAUUACGUCUUUGCUAUUGGAACAGAGUAUGAAUUUCAGGGAAAGGGACUGGCCCGGGUUCUUUUGAAAGAAUAUCAACAGGCGGCAUUGUGUAAUGAACUUCCGAUCUGGCUGGAGGCAACAACAGCGCACUCUCGUGAUAUAUACCUCUCCAUGGGAUUCGAGCAAAUGGAGGAAAUCACUAUAGGAGAGGGCAAGGCAGCACCAGAUGGGAUAUCACAAAAGGGCGGCCCUGGGGUCACCAUAUGGGUAAUGGUCUGGUGGCCAAGGGUUUUUCAUAUCGUCGGUUAG